GAAGCCCAUAUACAGAACCACGUGGCUGAAAACCAUCUUCUAAUACAUAUAUAUCAAGUAUCUGCCUUUCUCAUUCUGCAGAAAGUUGUUUCCAGAAUCAGUCUACACACGGCAAACUUUCAAUAAAUAGAUUCAAUCAUGAAGUUACAACUUAUCAUACCCUUUUCAUUUCUUCUAUCGUAUGUUUCUGCACAUACGAUAUUCAUGAAAUUGCAAUCAGGUGGCACGCUUUACAAUACCAGCUAUGCCAUCCGAACCCCAACAUACGACGGACCCAUAAACGACGUAACAACUGAAUACGUCGCCUGCAAUGGUGGACCAAAUCCUACCACUCCCUCCUCAAAUAUCAUAAAUGUCGUUGCCGGUAGCACUGUAAACGCCAUCUGGCGCCACACUCUCGAUAGUACUCCUGCAAACGACGCAACCUAUGUUCUCGACCCAUCUCAUCUCGGUCCCGUCAUGGCCUACAUGAAAAAAGUAGACGACGCAACCACCGACGUUGGCUACGGACCCGGCUGGUUUAAAAUCUCCGAGCAAGGACUCAACGUAGCCACACAAAAAUGGGCAACAACAGAUCUCAUAAACAAUGCAGGCGUACAGCCUAUCACCAUACCAAGCUGCAUAGCCAACGGACAAUAUCUCCUACGAGCAGAAUUGAUCGCGCUCCACUCAGCAGGAGGCAGUCUCGGUGCACAAUUAUACAUGGAAUGCGCACAAAUCAACGUAUCGGGCGGCACCGGAACCGCAACUCCCAGCACCGUAUCCUUUCCCGGCGCAUACGGACAGAGCGAUCCCGGAAUCCUGAUUAACAUCUAUCAAACGCUCACCACGUAUGCGAUUCCGGGCCCUACGCCAUUUGUCUGUGGUGCUGCGCAGAGCACUGCGAAGAGUUCGUCGACUUCUGCUGCUGCUUCGACUGCGAAACCUACGUCGUCGUCGACGCUGAGUACGAGCACGAUUUCCAAGACGAGUAGUGCUGCGGUGGCGACGGGGACCGGGACCGCGGCGGCUUAUGCUCAGUGUGGGGGGCAGGGGUGGACGGGUGCGACGGCUUGUGCGAGUGGGAGUAAGUGUGUUGUUAGUAGUGUUUAUUAUAGUCAAUGUUUGCCUUCGUGAUGGAGAAUGGGGAGAGAUUUCGGUUGGAUGUAGUUGUGAUGGAGAUAUUGGUUUAUUGUGGGAUGGUAGGGAGGAGAUAGAUUUGGUACCUUGUGAGAAGAAUAGAAAUCGAACCAAUCACCUGCA